AUGAGCACCGCCAUCAAUGUGGUCCAAGGCCUUGCCAAGAUCUUCGAAUUGCGAGAAGCCAUUCGACACCAACGUCGAGUCAAUCGGCAAACGUACCUACAAUUGACGGAGAUCCACGUCGAGUUGCAACUGUUGGAGCGCAGUGGAUCUCUUCAAGAAAACGCAAAAACGCAAGCUUUGCGAGCGCUGGGGAACCUGGCAAGAGCCGAUGACAACAACAGCAAUGUGGUGUUCCCGAGUGAAGAGGUCAUUCUGCCACUGAUGCAGUUCUUGCGGUCUGGGACGAUUGCUCAGAAAGCGAACGCUGCAGCUGCUCUACGAAAGCUUGCCAGCAGUAAUGAAGACAACUGUGAAACGAUUGUUCAUGACGGAGCCAUUCCGCUACUGGAAGAACUGAUAAAUACGGGUGAUGACGUGCAGAAGGAGUCAGGAAGGGCUGCAUUGGAGAAACUAAGCCCCUAUGUGGCUUCGAAGAAUCUUGCGAAUGUAGGAGGAUUCUUCCGCAGUGCUGCGAUGAGUUUGGUAGUCAUGUGA